AUGUCAUCGUCGCGGUGCGUCGCCGCGCUCGACGCUGCCGCCUCCGCCCGGGCCGCGGAAACAACGUCACCGCCGCCGAUGCCGCAACGGUACCAGGCGGACGAGUUCGUCGUCGACCUCGAGCUUGAGCACCAGCAUCGUCCCUCCGCUGUGCUGCCACCGUCGUCGUCAGGAGUGCACGAGGAGGGCGAGUUCACGGACGUCGAGUUGGGACUGGGGCAGCAACAGCAGCGCCGCACCUCCACCGUGGAGCAGCCGCCGCCACUGCCGCCGCUGAAGAGACCGUUCUGA